UUACAGUCAUUACUAAAAAUGCCGCAACAUACACCAGCACCCACACCUACCAGAGCCGUUUACGGUUUUGUAAUGUAUUUAAGCUUCGAAAUAUUUUUUAUAAUCUACGUAAUAUGGGCGAUAGUACCAGAAGAAUAUUUAGAAUUGAUAGGUAUAACUUUUCUACCUCAAAGGUACUGGGCUGUAGCCGUACCUAUAUAUUUUCUUAUAGUUCUGACUAUUUUUGCAUUCGUUAUUUAUCCGGCUUUGGGUUGGUCCAUGACACCGGAUGUGGACGAUUUAAGGACAAUUAAAGACGAUAUUGGGGGCAAGAGAAAGUGUAAUAAUGUACAUGAAGUGGUGAAUCAUACAAAAGAAGAAGGUUGUAUUUGUAAAGACAAAGAAAAAUGUUACAAAGAAUAUUAUAAUACUGUUCAAUCGGCAGUUGUUAAUAAAUCUAUUCCUAGGUUAAAGGACAUAGAUAUGUGGGAGGUAUCGGAAAAUCUAUUUUUGAAAUAAAUUUGUAACUUUUGUAUAGAAAUACAAAUCUUUGCAUGUAAAGAGCAGAAAUAAACUACUUAACGCAAAAGUGUCUUGUCUAUAACAAAAUUAUUUGUCAUGGUGAAAACUGAAUUUCUUUUUUAAUCUCUUUUUUUUGUAAUUUUCACACCCCAAAACUAAGUAAGGUAGUGUAAAAACUAAUAUUUUACACAGAAACUUGAAAAAUUAGCAUAUUACAAAUACUUUCUCGUAAACCGAUAAACUAAAA